AUGGAGGACGAUACAGUGCUUACGGUAGACUUACUUGUGAAGUCUAACAAGGUGGCUUUCUCGGAAUCGCGGUUGGACUUAUACCCGACGAGCUAUGAAGAGUUGAAGAGUUUCCUUACAACUCACAGUCUGGAGGAUGGGGAGGGUGGAGAUGUUGCGGUGGGUCUCCGGGAGCAGUAUCUGGGUGGGGAGGGGCUUAACAGAAUCAGCGAGCUGCAGCUUGACAUUGAGAAAAAGCUGUUCUCAGAGUAUGCUAAGUACCGCGUCCGGGCGGCGCCGCAGGACCGGUUUCUGAAGCUCUUAGUAGAGCAGCGUGAGGCAGGCCUUCUGGAAGGUAUUGUGGCGGUACUACAGGAGCAACUGGCGGUAUACGAGCAGCAUGUUUCGGAUGACUCGCUUACGCCUCCGGGCAAGCAGGCAGGCCACGAACUAGAAGAAAUCGCCUCGUAUCUGAUUUCUUCUAUGAUACAGAAUGGAAUGGAAAUUCAGACGCAGGGUCAGAUAGGCCAGACGCUGGACACGAAGGAAAUCUGUAAGCGGUGCAUCGACCAGUUACUGGACAAUAGUUCUGCAUCGGGCGGGACGUCGCUACCGUCGCGUUCCUGCACGCCGGUCAUCAAGGAGCAUAGACCAGAGGAGUUAGACGAAGUGUACACUGCGUUUGAGGAUCUGCAACUUGCACACAAGUUUCUGACAGAAAAGUUUGAAAGCGACCGAAAGCAUUAUUUACAGGAAAUUGAACAGUUGAACCGGACAAAUCGCGAAUUACAGCAGGAACUGUCGAACUACCAGUCGCGGCUAAGUCAGGCUCGGGAGCAGAUCAGCAAGCUCGAGUCCAUGACGCCUCCUACUUCUGUGUCUACGGACAGUAACACACCUCCUCGCGAUAUGUUCCCGAAGUCCCCACCGUCCAUUGGGAGUAAUGCAAGCGCGUCGUCCCCUGUGUCUGCAUCAUUUAUCAUGAUGAAGCAGGAAUUCAAGAAGCUUCUAAAUGAGACGCAGAAUAAGUAUGAGCGGGAAUUGAGAGAAGAGCGGGAAUUACGGAAAAAGCUCGAGUCGCAGUUAGCGAAAAAGUUGUAA